UUCCAGGAAAUUUAUAACGAUUAGACUUAAUUGGUAGCGAAAAUGUAAUUAUUAGUCCUAGUUUGUACCGAAACUGUGAAAAGUCUGCGCGAAAUUCCCCGCAUCACCCCUCGGCCGCUGUCAGUGGGCGCUCACCAAGCAACUCACCACAACCCAAGCAAGAGCGUGAGAGAAAACUGCGCGACCUCAAGAGCAAACGGGAAGUCAGCGAGAGCAUUCAGUCUGCUGCGAUCAGCCUAAGCAAGUGCAUGUCCGCGCACCAACGUGCACGAGUGUGGUUAAAAACCACGUGUGUCCCGCGCGUUCGAGGAAAGUUCCGCGAACGGUAGUGACCCGUGUGUGCUCCCUUGUGAGACGUUCCGUGUGUCCGCCAUCGGCCCCUGUGCGCCCUCCUCAAGCGUCGCAACGACGGCUCCGCGGGCAAACAGAACCCGCACCAGCAAGAGGUAAUUUCUGUCCUGGCGAAUUGCCCGGCCAAAAAACUAAUCUAUCGCGUACCCGCACAGCCUCAGGCCCAACGCAACCCGGGCGCGACACGAAGAGGACAGAGGUGCAGAAAAGGCGGCACGGCGGCUUCGAAAAGGUAAAACACCAUGUUCCGGAAACACGCUCGUUCCGAUCUUAAUUCUCCCAUCGUGCUCACACACACAGGGUAAAGCGACGAACCAAAAGUCCCGCGUGGGAAACGGAACCGCACCGCACACGAGACGGUGACGCAUCUGCCUGGACGAAGGCUGACUCAAAAGCGGGUAAGAGAGACAAACAAAAUGGCGGCGUCCAAAUCUCAAGGUCACCUUCCCCACUGUAGACAAUACCAUCCCGCGCUCGAAGCGCGGUCAAGCCAGGAAGAGCGACAUCAACGAACCGCGAAAAUUGGUGCCGAUACGAUCUCGAGAACGCCGAUCUGGAACGGCGUGGGUACAACUAGCAGCAGGAACAAGAACGCACAGCGGAACCGGCCUAAGCACCUCCACCUCCACCACCCGCAACCGAAGCGGACGGCCACGGUCAGAUUGACCGCCACGAAGACCCUCCAGGAGAGGGUCUUUUGGUGGAGACUCGAGCUCGUCUGGACAUCGAGGCGGACCGGUGCUGAAGAAGUUACGGGCGGAGCGGGCCGAAUCGAACGGCCGCGGUGCAGCACAAGAGCACACGUUUGUGCGAAUCGCGUGAGAGCGCGGGGACGCGGAUCGUUCGGCGCUUCCGCGUCGUGGGCCGUCAGGAAGGAUCGAGUCGUGGCUGACUUCGGGGUGACUGCUGUGGGCGAACGCGGCAGCAUGCAGCAACAGUGAGAAGGAGAGGCGCCAGCGCGCAAGUACCGCUAGAUUUAAGCACAAAUUCACACAAAAAACAUUAUGUUCCGCAUUUAGAUAGAGCCAGGUCAGGCAAAGUUUGCGAGGUCGCCUAAGCGCAUGUUUGUAUGUUUUGAGAAUCGGUACGCAAUACAGUCAUGAAGUUUAUUUUGUUGGGUUUUUUAUGCAGCUCUUGAGCUAGCCGGAAACGUCUCAUU